CAUCCUGUGAUACCAACUGUUUGCUCUUUGGGUCCUGCCCUAUGUCUGGGAACUCACGGCCCUGAGGUUGUGACAUAAUUUGGUGGCAGCAGUGGCAUAGGAUCCCAGGACCCAACUGGCACCAUGAGCACCCCACCUGGAUUCUACGCUGACCCAUUGGAUCCCUUCGCUUGCAUGGAUUACUCCUGGACUCCAGAGAUCCCUACUGAUCCCAGAGAGAGGACCCUGUUCUGGCUGAGAUGUGAGUCACUGGGACUAUCUGGGGAUGAGGGUCUGGCAUAUGGAGUAGGGCAGUUAGUGGCAGGAGAGGCAGACCUGGAGGAUGGGUACUAUGUUCUGCAGCGCACCAUGCACCAACCAGGUGGGAGAUAUUGGCACAGUCCCUAUACAGUGCUCCCGCUUCCCUGUAGCUUGGCGGAAUGGCACGGCCAAUGGGAGAGGCUGAAUUUCUGUGACUAUAGCACCUUUGUGGGUAACCCAGAGGGGGAAUUCCAUACCCUCUAUGCACAGCGCUUCUUUUAUAUAGGAAUGAAUGAUACAGAGGAACGGAGGGACUGGCUUGCUGACCUGGUGUAUCAGGAACUGGAAUUGAUAAAAGAGUAUGGAAGUAUCCAGGAAUUGGAAAACCAACGCAAGGAAGCACUGAGGGUAUGUGCACCAUCUUUUUGUAGUUUUCAGCAGGCACAGCCAUGUCUUGGUACUGUAGGUCCAACAGACUUUCACUUACCCCCCAGUACAGUCAGUGCCGGGGUGGGGGAGGAACAAGAAGCUUCCCAAACAACUUUAUUAUGGUCCCCAAGGGAAAUCCCUGUUUGUGAGGAGUCCAGUGGUUGUGUUACCCCUGAGCUGGUAGAACCGGAGAGUGGGUGCUGCCAUUUUAAAGGCUUGGCAGAGGCUGAGGCCUCCCCUAGUGAAAUCCCUGUUUGUUUAGAGUUCAGUGGUUGCGUUACCCCUGGGCUGGCAGAACCGGAGAGUGGGUGCUGCCAUUUUAAAGGCUUGGCAGAGGCUGAGGCCUCCCCGAGUGAAAACCCUGUUUGUUUAGAGUUCAGUGGUUGUGUUACCCCUGGGCUGGCAGAACCGGAGAGUGGGUGCUGCCACUUUAAAGGCUUGGCAGAGGCUGAGGCCUCCCCAAGUGAAAUCCCAGUCUGUAUGGAGUCCAGUGGUUGUGUUACCCCUGGGCUGGCAGAACCGGAGAGUGGGUGCUGCCACUUUAAAGGCUUGGCAGAGGCUGAGGCCUCCCCAAGUGAAAUCCCUAAUUGUGUGGAGCCUGGAGCUGCUCAGUUUGAAAAAAGCUCCAAGGAGGGAAGAGAUGAGGAUUCCCCACUACCUGAGUUGUUGCUGGCUGGAGAGGAACAGGACCAAGAGGAAAGCAUUGCUCAGGAUUCCCCAAUGUCUAUCAGAGCAGUCAGUUCUGGGAAUGGAGUAAGGGGCACCCCAAAAGCACAACGUGUAACCAGGGCAGUUGUUCCGGAAACCCCCUCUGGCAGACAACAAGGCCAGAGAAUUACCCCACAGAGAAAUAAAACACUGGUGAGUCCCCGUGCUGUCCCUACAAUAUCUCCCAGAUGGAGGGGUCCCCCAUUGUGUAAUGUUACAGGGACCGGGGCCUUGAGAGAGGUUGGGUGGAACUUAGAAUUAAAGGAAAAGCAGGGGGGUAAACAUUUGUCUAAUACUCUUUGGGGUCCACUGGUCAUUGGGGUCACUUGAAGAUGAGUCACCUUGGCCUGACUGCUUGGGGGGGGGAUACAGACUGUACCACCUGGAAUUGUUCCCUUCUCCCUGGAAGGCCCCUUUAUUGUCCUGGAGGCCAGAACUGUGACAUUACAGGGUCGCCCAUAUGGAGGAGAGAGGGUUAAUGAUGGCCACCCUGAAAAAUCCCUCUUAGAUCCUGUGGGUUCUGUUUACACCCCAUCUUUUUAUUCCUGUUUUGCCAAUAUGCCCCCCCCCCAAGGAACUAAAGACUUUUGCUCAGUGACUCUGCAAGCUGUCUGGGAAACUGCACCAACUGCUGCCCCCUACUGUGUGUGAGGGGCCCAGCCACUAAGGGCUGUCUGGGAGGGAAGAGAUAACACUGUAACUCUGGGACAGAUACCAAUUAGGACUCUAAAAUAACAUUUUUCUUUCUUAUUAUGGACAUUUUGCUUUAUGGGAAUUGGCUAGUGAGGCUGCUGGGAACCUGUGUAGGCCCCCAGCAGGCUCACUAUUUGGGAAGGGGGAGAAAUGUGACAUAA